AUGUUUCCCAAUGAUUCUGCCAGGCAUCUGGCCAUUCUGGAUACUGCCAUGGAUGCUGCCAAUUUUACUUGGAAUGGGACUUCAAGCGAUAGCCAGUGCAGUGCCAUCCUUAUCUCCUUCAUCUAUUCAGUGGUCUGUUUUGUGGGACUCUGUGGGAACUCCUUGGUUAUAUAUGUGAUCCUCAGAUAUGCCAAAAUGAAGACAGCCACGAAUAUAUACAUCUUGAACUUGGCCAUCGCCGAUGAGUUGCUUAUGCUCAGCGUGCCCUUCCUGGUGACCUCGACCUUGCUCGGGCACUGGCCUUUUGGGUCUCUGCUCUGCCGCCUGGUCCUCAGCGUAGAUGCCAUCAAUAUGUUCACCAGCAUCUACUGCCUGACUGUGCUCAGUAUGGACAGGUACAUUGCGGUGGUGCACCCUAUCAAAGCUGCCAGUUACAGGAGACCCACCAUAGCCAAGCUGGUCAACCUGGCCGUCUGGCUGCUCUCAAUCAUGGUCAUCGUGCCCAUCAUUAUCUUUGCGGGCACAGCCAGCAACUCGGAUGGCUCGGUCUCCUGCAACAUACAGAUGCCGAAACCCACCAAGCGGUGGCUGGCCGGCUUCGUGGUCUACGCGUUUUUAAUGGGCUUCCUCAUCCCGGUGGUGGCGAUCUGCCUGUGUUACAUCCUCAUCAUUGUCAAGCUGAGAGUGGUGGCGCUAAAAGCAGGCUGGCAGCAGCGCAAAAGGUCCGAGAGGAAGAUCACCUUGAUGGUGAUGAUGGUGGUGACGGUGUUUGUGAUGUGCUGGAUGCCCUUUUACAUUGUGCAGCUGGUCAAUGUCUUUGUCGACCAGCAGGAGCCCACCGUCAGUCAGCUCGCCGUCAUCCUGGGCUACGCCAACAGUUGCGCCAACCCCAUCCUCUACGGCUUUCUCUCGGACAACUUCAAGAGAUCCUUCCAGAGGAUCCUGUGCCUGCGCUGGAUGGACAGUGUUGCAGAGGAGCCCAUAGAUUACUAUGCCACAGCUCUCAAGAGCAGGGCGUACAGUGUGGAAGACUUUCAACAGGACCCGUUGGAAUCCAAUAGCAUGUACCGCAAUGGUACCUGUACCUCUCGGACCACCACCCUGUGA